AUGUUGCUAAAUCGUAGCAUUCAACGACAAUGCCUGCCAAAAAGGACAUUUUUUACUGGAUUUCGAAAGACUUAUGAAACUGGCGAUGGAAUCAAGUCAAUAUUCGAUGUUUUCGGGCCGAAAAAACCCGAACGAGUAGAAGAUUAUACCAUAACUGGCAAGAGGAUCGGCGACCCAUUUCAUUAUUCGGACAGAAAGUCAGGCAAAGGCUACACCGACUUCAGGGACAAUCCUUUCCCUCAACGACCAUACGUUUAUCCACCGUUGAAGAAGGACUACAGGAACUUUUUUUGGAUCAUUUUUCUUACAAGUUCGAUAUUCUUUGUUGAUUACAGAUGGUAAGAGUUUAUGUUGUUUUUGUUUGGUUUUUAGGUUGUUUUAUGUUUGAAGUGGUUAUUGAAUGUUUUAAAGGAAGUUGUCUAAGGUUUUUGGCUUGAGAUUUUGUGCUUCAAGCAGUUUUUGGCUUCACUUGGUUAAGAUAGUUAUGUGUAAUAUAAAACAUAAUUUUUUUAAAACAAGAUGAACGGUUUGUAGGUGAUGUUUAUAUGUUUUAGAACUAGAAUUUAAUGCAGAUUCUCAAUCUAAAGUCAAGUUUUCGAAAAUUUCAUUUUUGUAAGAGUUAUGACAGCUUUAUUGGAAAGUAUACCUUUAAAAAGCUUGUCAGAACUUUUUCAGAGAAUUAAAUAAAAAUAUAUGUCUAAAUAUGUUAGAAAUAGUAUCACCAUAUAAUUUGUUUUAAUUUAACUUACUUUGUAAUUUUAGGAUUGGAUUCCAAAUUAAGAAGGAGAUCGCCAAGUUUUACCCAGGAAUUGAAGAUUGGUACCAAGAUCUCAUGCGACAGAUGGAUUUGGGUGAGGAACGGGAUGAUUAG